AUGCCCAUGCUCACAGAAUGUGAGAGAGUCCUCGGCGAUGGAUUGAUACGAUUACCCGCCAAACAUAACUACCGCUAUAGUCCACAGGCUGAAAAGGACCUGCUGGAGUUGCUGUUCCGAUCUCUAGUGGGGCACAACGAAGAGUUGAUACACCACCUAUUUCCCGACGGCGCGCCUACCGGAGCAUGGAAACUAGCUGAAGCUCAAGGCGCUCGAGAGGGAGCCGAAUAUACUGAGGCAGCGCGAGGUAAAAGAUGCGGGCAUAUCUUCCGCGCGGGAGAGGCUACCUAUCGUUGUAUAACCUGCGCUGCGGAUGAGACCUGUGUUUUGUGUAGCCGAUGCUUCGAUGCGUCAGACCAUACAGGCCAUCAAUAUCAAAUUUCGCUGUCUUCCGGAAAUUGUGGCUGCUGUGACUGCGGUGACGACGAGGCUUGGCGGCUGCCGCUCUUUUGUGCGAUCCAUACCGAUAGCGGGAAUGUUAAAGGCAAGGAACGUGCUCAGCGCCAACUACCAAGCGAACUGAUAGCCUCGAUUCGUCUCACGAUCUCGCGCGUCUUGGAUUACUUCUGUGAUGUAAUUUCUUGUUCGCCGGAGCAACUACGGUUGCCCAAGACAAUUGAAGGAAUUAAACAGGAUGAGGAAGCAUCACGGUUGAACCCUGACUGGUCAGAGGCGGCCGACGAGGAAGAAGAGGAACCUGAAUUCGCAUUAAUGUUGUGGAACGAUGAAAAACACACUAUUCGAGAUGUAGCACAUCAGGUUAGCCGCGCUUGCCGUGAAAGAGACAGCUUUGGCGUUGCGCGGGCCCAUGAGACGAAUGAUAUCGGCCGAAGUGUUGUAAAGCAUGCCAAGGAUUUACAGCGACUGUUGGAUGUCUCGAAGAUCAUCGAAGAAAUCAAGGUCACUGUCACAAUUCGUUCUGCUCGUGAUACGUUCCGUGAACAAAUGUGCGCCACUAUUGUCGAGUGGCUAUCAGAUAUUGCAGGCGGCGAGAUUCUGGAAGACAAUGAGAUUUUCCGUCAAAUAAUCUGUGAAGAGAUGCUUGGUCCCUGGAGGAAAGGGAGCGCAGCUUACAACGCAGAUAUUGGUAUGAAGGGCAUUGAUGAUCAUGAAAAGGCAGACCAUCUGCCGGGUCGUACCUUCAUGCUUAGCCUUCCCACUCAUGGAAAUUUGGUUCUGCGAACUGAUGAUGAUGACGAAGAAGAUGAUGAUGACGACGACGAGGACGAUGACGAGGUUGAAGAUGUUGUGGUUGAGACCAACGAGCACGACGAAGACGGAGACUAUAUUGACGCUCAUGAUGAUGCCGAUGACGAAGAUGACGAUAUGGACAUGGAACUCACCCGCCUUCAGGCUGAGGCUGACGGGGAUGGUGACGAGGACAUGGACAUGGGAACUGUAGGAGAAGAUAUUGACGUCGACGAGCUUGCCAUGGCACACCGUAUUCUUGCAAGUUUGACGGGCAUGCGGCAGCCAUCUCCACGUCCAGCUCCUGAAGAAUCUGAAGAAGGACAGGCCGAUCAGCAAGAGCAGCCUAACUCGACUGCUACUCAAGAUGCUGGAAAUGACCAGCCCUCUGACCCCAAUAGCUUUGUUAAAAUCCCUCGUACUCCCUCAGGCACAGUCAAACCACCACCAGCGCGAACAGAGGGACACUGGCAAGUUCGACCUCCUGUUCCAGCUGCAGGUGAAAAGGUAGCGGCCUACGAAGAUUUGUGGCAACGCACUCGUUUAGACUGGUUGAUUCUCUUCGACCUGAGACUCUGGAAGAAGACACGCACUGAUCUGCGGGAUUUGUACAUCAGUACUGUCGUCAAUGUGCCUCAAUUCAAGCGCAUCAUGGGUCUCCGUCUGUCUGCUCUAUACACAGCCUUGGCUCAGUUAUAUUUAAUCGCAGAUCGUGAGCCAGACCACUCCAUUGUGAAUUUGACUUUACAGCUCUUGACUACACCGUCAAUCACGGAGGAGAUUGUCCUUCGUGGUAACUUCCUCACGAAAGUGAUGGCUAUUUUAUAUACCUUCCUAACUACGAGACAAGUUGGAGAACCUCAGGCUGUCAACCCAAACGCUACAUUGGCCUUCGACGCAGGAUCAGUAACCAACAGACGGCUGUAUCAUUUUUUCCUUGAUCUCCGUUACCUUCUCCAGUCUGAAUAUGUACAAACUCGUGUGCGAACAGAAGAGCAGUACCUGCCUCAGUUCCUAGAUCUCGUGAAGCUUUCUCAGGGUAUCUGUCCCAACGUGCGUGCUGUGGGUGAGCAUGUCGAAUACGAGACAGACGCUUGGAUUAGCGCUUCCAUUUUAAUGCGAGAGAUCAACCGUCUCUGUCGACAGUUUUGCGAAGCGUACAAACAACCCGAAGUCGAUAAUGGACAAAAUCUUAUGCGGGCAAUCAAGACCACAACUGCCAACGCAGUUCUCCACUCGGCGGGUGUAGAGCGCAAGCGGUUCGACCAAGCAGAAAUCAAGGAAGAGGUCCGUUUCAAAACGUUAGUCCCCUUCGACUUCGAAAUCGGGGCUUCGGGCCAAAUUCCUUGUCAUCGUGUUGUCGAGUUUGUUGUGGAGAAGGGAUCCAUCAGUUUCCACCAUGCUCUUCAUUACACCCUCUCCUGGCUUAUUGAAUGUGGCCGCGGUAUCAGCAGCGAAAAUUUACGUCGAGUCCUGUUUGAUGCCGCCCAAGAUGCCAGACAAGUGCUUCACGCAGCCAAAGCAGACGGCAAGGACAUAGAUGACACACUUCUGGCUCUUGGUCCUGAAGACUUACUUCUAACCAUGUUUGAUUAUCCUCUGAGAGUGUGUGCUUGGCUUGCACAGAUGAAGGCUGGAAUGUGGGUUCGCAACGGACUCAGUCUCCGACAUCAGAUGUCGCAAUACCGCGGAGUGUCUUCGCGUGAUUUUGCCUACUACCGGGAUAUUUUCCUUCUGCAAACGGCCCUUGUUACCUGUGAUCCAAGCAGAGUCCUUGCUUCGAUUGCUCACCGAUUUGGCAUGGUUGACUGGAUGUCCCGUAAUUAUAUGCCUCGAGCUGGUUAUGAAGACUCUCAGAUUGUGGAUGUUGCUGAGGAGUUUGUGCAUCUACUCGUCAUUCUGUUGACUGAUCGAACAUCAUUGACAGCCAUUGGUGACAGCACUCAUAUGACAAAAGAAAACAUAAGCCGGGACAUUGCGCAUGUUCUUUGUUUCAAGCCACUGUCUUUCUCCGACCUCUCAACCCGUCUGAGCGACAAGCUCCUCGAAUCAGAUGAGUUCCAAGAUGUGCUGGAGGAGGUCGCCAACUUCCGCCCUCCUGAGGGCUUGAGUGACUCGGGAACAUUUGAAUUGAAAGCAGAAUAUCUUGACCUCGUGGACCCUUAUAGUGCACACUAUACAAAGAACCAGCGCGAUGAAGCAGAAAACAUUUAUAAGGAAUGGAUGGCCAAGAAGACUGGCAAGAAGGCCACUGAUAUUGUUUAUGAGCCGAAGCUCCGUUCCAUUAGCACAGGUGUUUUCUCCGAUUUGCCUCGCUUCACCGGAACCAUGCUAUUUGCACAACUUGUUCAUCAGUGCCUCGAAUAUGUUAUCUCUUGCCAGGAGUGCACGCCGAGUAUUCCACCGACUCGUGUUGAGACUUUCCUUCAGGUCAUUCUGCAUCUAAUCCUUGCUUCUGUGCUUGAAGAUGACACGCAGGAUGAUAGCAUGGAAAGAGAGCAAGAGCUUUCUUUCAACUUACACGCUCUUUCUAAAUCUCGAGAAAUCAAGGCUGGCCACUUGACCAUCGUGGGUCUUCUAGAAAGGAUCUCGGUGACGAAUGAGUUUUCUGCAUGCGGUCCUAAAAUCCGCCAUAUUCUGAAGCGUCUGUGGCAAAAACGUCCUCGGACCUACACUUCUGCAACUGCUUCCCUCAAGUUCCCAUUUGAUCGAAUUGACACAAAUUCACCUGCGAUCGACAUCGACAACGAGAAAGAAACCAAGAAGAAGCAAGCUUUGGAAAGACAAGCUAGAGUCAUGGCCCAGUUCCAGCAGCAACAGCAACAAUUUUUGAACAGCCAGGGUGAUAUUGACUGGGGCGAAGAAGACUUCAGUGACCUGGACUCUGAGACAGGAGCGGCACCCGAGACUAAGCUCUGGAAAUACCCCAGUGGAACUUGCAUCCUGUGCCAGGAGGAGACCAAUGACUCAAGGCUAUACGGCACCUUUGCAUUGCUUCAGGACAGUACCAUCUUGCGACAGACAGAUAUCAGAGAUCCCGCUCGAAUUCGCGAAGCCCUUAAAACUCCUUGCAGCUUGGAUAGGUCUGCUGAAGAGAUCCGUCCCUUCGGAGUUGCUGGCGAGAACCGCACGGCAAUUCGCCGACUGGAUUCAUCUGGUGGUGAGAUCAUGAGUACAAAGUUUGGCCUGAGCAAAGGCUUCAACUCGAAGAGCACAUUGCGAGGACCUGUGACGACUGGCUGUGGCCAUAUAAUGCACUAUUCGUGCUUCGAGGUUUACUAUGCCGCCACGCAGAGGCGACACAGCCAGCAAAUCGCCCGCAACCACCCAGAGAACACAGUGCUCAAGGAGUUUGUGUGCCCGCUGUGCAAAGCUCUUGGUAAUGCCUUCCUGCCAAUCACCUGGAAAGGCAAGGAAGAGUCCUACCCUGGCGCAUUGGCUACUUCAUCCUCUUUCGAUGAUUGGAUGAACUCAGGCCUUAAGAACUCAUUGAAUCAACCGCAGAAUAUCUCUGUUCUCAUGCUCGACAAGGACAAGAUGCAUCCGCAAACAUACACUGACCUCUUCACCGAUUAUCUCUCUAAAUCGCUUGUUCCUCCACUGGCUUCGAAGAUUGUUCAACUCACAUCGAACCCGCAACUGCCGUCUAUUACCCAGACUGCACCUGGCCAAUUCGCCCCAACUAUGCGGAUGGAGAUGCCUGGCUUUUUCCCGACUACGGAAGAAAUCUCGCCUUCCAGCCCGCUUCAACAAGUUUCCAGUCCGUCAGAGAAUCCCAUGUCUGGCCUGCUUCAAAUUUACAAGCGUUUGAAGAAGACCAUCAAGACGAAUCACAUCAACUCGAUAUUUAAUAACAAUCCAGACACUAUCAACAAUGAUGAUCUUGUGCAUACGGAUUCUUUGAUUCGAAGUUUUGGAUUCAGUAUCUCCGCGGUUGAAAUCGCUCAGCGUGGCUUGGAGUCCGAGCCCGGCUCUACACUUUUGGACAAGAUCCCACCUCUGCUAUUGACACAUCUUCGUGUCCUGGCUGAGACAGCCCUGACCUAUGCAGCCGUUGGAAUUGUUUCCGCACGCAACAAUACGAAGAGUCGUCCCGCGCAGGAAUUCCAGGAGAUGCAUCGACAGAAAAUGUGUCAACUGCUUGUCGGUCAUCCCUGCCUGAUUGGCUCAUCGCUCUUGAACGAUGUCCGCAAUAUUGAGCCCCUGCUUGCCAUGGACACAUUCGUCUUCUUGUCAGAGUGCUCACUCUCUUUGUUGCCGGUUCUCAACAUUGACAUGCGUCACCUGAUCCAAAUGUGCUACGUCGCUGAGAUUGUAAAGGUUGCUGUAACCUUCAUCCUUUGGCCUCUCGGGUUGAAGGAGGAGCUUGCUACCACCGGAGGAGGUGAUUACGCCAAAGAUGACCUUUCAGAAGCGCAAUGUGAGGUUACAAGGCAUUUCUCUGAAUCCAUUGUCUCCGAGCUCAAGUCAAACUCAGUUGGACGGGCUGAGGGCUCUUCGUGGCCCGCUGCUAGCGGUUAUGUCAAGGAAGGAGAGGAUUCUCCAACUCCCGAAGUCAUCAUGGCUUUGCGUCGUCUUCUUUCAAGUUAUUCUCUUACUUUCCUACGAAAGGCUGUCAUUCUCCUACAUGUUCAACACGGAGUAGAAUUCCCUAAUACUGGCUUUACUGAUGUUGCCUCAUCAGAGCUAGACAGGCUCACCAAGGCUUUGCAUCUACCUCAUCUAGAUGAGAUAUUGAUGAUGGUCAACCCUGCACGAACAAGUGCAAACCCCUUCGACGCCAUAAUUUCAGGAUGGAUCUUCCACUGGAAUGCAUCUCGCUCAGGGAUUCGCUUCGAGGAUCACCGCCUAUGGCCCAGCCUCCCACAUCCAGGAAUCUUCGAGCUUGUCGGUCUACCCAAAUACUUUGAUAGCCUGAUUGAAGAGGCGAACCGACGUCGCUGCCCGAAUUCCAAGAAGGAACUUACCGAUCCGAGCAUCUGUCUAUUCUGUGGUGACAUCUUCUGUUCUCAAGCAGUUUGCUGUAUGCAUAACAAGCUGGGUGGCUGCAACCAGCAUAUUCAGAAAUGCGGCAAAAACAUUGGUCUCUUCAUCAAUAUCCGCAAGUGCACAGUCUUAUACCUCCAUAACCAAAAUGGAUCCUGGCACUACGCUCCUUACCUCGACCGCCAUGGCGAAGUAGACCCCGGUCUCCGACGUAACCGUCAACUUAUAUUGAACCAGAAGCGGUACGACAGACUCCUGCGCGAUGUCUGGCUAUCACACUCUGUCCCCGCGACCAUUAGUCGCAAACUGGAGUCUGAGAUUAAUAAUGGUGGAUGGGAAACGAUAUAA